AUGGAUAAACGUAACAAACCAACGGAAAGGUCGUCGAGAGCCUUAAAACGGCUCGAGGCGCAUUUGGUCAUGUGGGCCAUUCGUCAACAGAAGAUAGCCCAGCCGAUAAAAAUGCUGGUAGUGCGCGGCGCAGUGUACGCGAAAGUGAGGAUCGCCGACGAUCAAGAAGUCCUUCGCGUAGAUCGAAGUCUAGUGGUCGAAAGAGGGAAGAUCGAAGCCAUAGUUCUCGUCGAAGCGGUAGAAAAAAUGCACGUGAAGAGGGUCGAAGCCGUUCGCGUUCUCGAGCAAGAAGUACUCGAAGGAAACAUUCGCGCCGGUCGCAUUCGACGUCCAAGGAACCGCCGGCGUGGGCAAAAGAACUGCUUUGUCAACAACGACAAAACGCGGACGAGUUGA